CCGUUCACUUGAGUCAAUGUGAGUUUUCAGUGCGCAACACGUAUUCGCGAAAUUUAAUUAUACAUAGAUCGAAUUGAUUCCCUAUGCGAAUGACGAUUUGAUGACAACUAAUACAACUGUAAGCGAACAAAACUAAGCUAAUCCACUGAAAUUUUUAUACUAUGCAAACGUUUCAUUCGUAAGUGAUGAUAUAUACACUAUAAUUGUUAAAUUGUCGAAGAAAGUCGAGUGAAUCUGCUAUCAUGAAGAGAACAUAUGCCGUUUUUAUUGAGCUAUUUCUGUUGAUGGGCUCGUUAGAGUUGAUGUUUGGAAUGCAGCUGUGUUUGCAAAUCGGUGACAUUCGUACUGUUUUAUUGGAUGUACCGAACGGAGGUAAAACGACACGAAUUUCAUUGCCUGAACGUUACAAGGGACUUCCAUUAAAAGCAGAACGUUUGAGUGAAAACUUUGAACCAAACAUCACGGAUGAAAUAUGGCCAUGUGUCUUGACGGGAUGGAAUCAACGGAAAAUCAAACCAGAUGAAAAUCAUUCACAACUAAAUAGCACACAGCCAGCUCAAGCGCCGUUAAAUCAAACACAUCAAGCCGAGUCGAAUCAGUCAUCGCAACCAAAUCAAGCAACAAAAGUGCAGUCAAAUCAACCAGAUCAACAACAGUCUAGUCAUCCGUUCCAAGCACAGUCCAAUCGACCAUCUCAGGCACGAUUUAAGCAGCCAAUCCAGAAUAAAUCACAUCAACCAGUCCAACCACAUACCAUACUGUCAUUCCAAAUACAGCCGAAUCAACCAUCUCAGAUACAGUCAAAUCAGCCAACAGACGUACAGUCUAAUGAGAAAGGCCCCACAAAAAUAGAUAUGGAAUCCAUUAAAAUAAAUGCCAAACUCAGGCGAGUAUAAUGCCAAUGAACUCUGCUGUUAUUUACAUAUAAUAGUAUCAUUGUUCGUAUGUAUAUUUAGAUCAUUCAGUUUGGUUCAGUUUGAAAAUGACAACACUUCAUUCAAUAAAUCGAACUAAAUGUCCGACAUGUGAUGUUUUGUUGUGUGAAUAAAGCAUCAAUU